GGCGCUCGGGGUCGGCGGCGCGCGGGGCAAAUGGAGUGGGUGCUGGCGGACACGCUGCUCUCGCAGAGCCGGGACCCCCGGGUCCUGCUUGGGGCGCUGUGCUGCGAGGAGGCGUCCGCGGAGCGCGUGGAGACGCUGCGCUUUCUUCUGCAGCGACUGGAGGAUGAGGAGGCGCGCGGCAGCGGCGCGGGCGCGCUCCCGGAGGCAGCGCGCGAGGUCGCCGCCGGGUACCUGGUGCCGCUGCUGCGGGGCCUGCGCGGGCGCCCCGCGGGCGGCGCGGACACUGGCCCAGCGGCCUGCCAGCGCCGGCGCGUGCUGAGAGCGGCGGGCGCGGCCCUGCGCUCGUGCGCCCGCCUCGCCGGGGGCCCGCAGCUGGCGGCCGCGCUGGCCGAGGAGGCGCUGCGCGACCUGCUCGCCGCGGGCCCCGCGCCCGACCUCGACGGGGCCGCCGAGGCGGCCGUGGAGGUGCUGGCGGCCGUGGGGCCCUGCCUGCGGCCCCGCGAGGACGCGCCGCUGCUGGAGGCGGUGGCGCGGGCCGCCCUCGCCCUGGCGCUAGGCGGGGACGAGGCGGGGCCCGCCGAGGGCGCGGCGGCGCUGGUGGCCGGGCGGCUGCUGCCGGCGCUGGGUCGGUGCGGCGGGGCGGCGCUGCGGGCCGUGUGGGGCGGGCUGGUCGCCCCCGGGGCGCCCGAGGGGCCGGGCCGCGUCGAGCCGAAGCUGCUGGUGCUGAGCGCCCUUGCGGAGAAGCUGCUGCCCGAGCCCGGCGCGGAGCGCGCCUCCGCUGCGCGCGAGGCGGACCCGGACGCCCGGUACUGCUGGCGCUUCUGGAGGACGGUGCAGGCGGGGCUGACCCGGGCCGAGGACGCCCUGACGCGCAAGCGGGCGCGCUACCUGCUGCAGCGGGCGGUGGAGGUGUCGGCGGAGCUGGGGGCCGACUGCGCGUGCGCCCCCCAGGAAGGAACCGGCCCAAGUCUGUUUUGGUGGUCUGAGAAGAAAAAAGAUGAGCUUCUAAAGUUUUGGGAAAACUAUAUUUUAAUUAUGGAAACUCUUGAAGGAAAUCAGAUACAUGUUAUAAAGCCAGUUUUACCAAAGCUAAACAAUCUGUUUGAAUAUGCAGUGUCAGAGGAAAAUGGAUGUUGGCUCUUUCACCCAUCCUGGCAUCUGUGUAUUUAUAAAAGAAUGUUUGAAAGUGAAAAUAAAAUCCUGACCAAAGAAGGCGUUACCCAUUUUUUGGAGCUCUAUGAAGCAAGGGUUCUUCCAUUUUCAGCAGAAUUUUCUGAGUUUAUUAUUGGGGCACUAAUGGAUGCACUUUCAGAGAGCUCUCUAUACAGCAGGUCCCCAGGCCAGCUGAUAGGAAGUGGUUCUCCAUUGGGAUUGAAAUUACAGAAGUUCUUAGUCACUUACAUUUCUCUUCUUCCAGAAGAAAUAAAGAGUAGUUUCCUGUUAAAGUUUAUUCAGAAGAUGACAAGCCGACAUUGGUGUGCUAUUCCCAUUUUGUUUCUAUCUAAGGCUUUGGCAAAUAUCCCAAGAUGUAAAGCCCUGGGUAUAGAAGGGCUUCUUGCCCUGAGGGACGUUCUUCAGUGCACCAUGAUCACACAUCAGAUCCUGCUGCGAGGGGCAGCGCAGUGCUAUCUCCUUCAGACGGCCAUGAAUCUGGUAGACGUGGAGAAAGUGUCCCUCUCUGAUGUCUCAUCUCUUGUCAUGUCAGUGAGACAAGAGGAGUCCUUCGGACGAGGAACUUCAUUGUGGACAGAGCUCUGUGAUUGGUUGCGUGUUAAUGAAAGCUGUUUUAGGCGACCCUCAACUUGUAGCUCCAUUGGACUUCACGAGACGUCCUCUUUAAAUGCUUACGUAAAGAACCUAGUCCAAGAGUAUAUUAAGUCACCUGCCUGGGAAGGAGGAGAAAACUGCUGUAUGCCUGAUUGGCUUGAAGCCAAGCUUGUUGCUGUGAUGGUCUUGCUGGCCAUAGAUGUGGAAGGAAUGAAGAGUGAAUAUAGUGAAAAGCGGAGGACACAGAAUGUAUUAAGGAUAUUCUUAGAUCCUCUCCUGGAUGCCCUUGUGAAGUUUGGUACAAAUGCCUACAUGCCCUUGCUGAAAACUGACAGAUGCCUGCAGUUGCUGUUGAAGUUACUGCACACUUGCUUGUUGAAAGGUUCCAGUACCCAAGAUGUUGCACAUACAGACGAAGUGUUUACUCUUCUUCAGAACUUUGUCAUGUCUACCACAGAGAGUGUUUCGGAAUUUAUUCUCAGAAGACUUACUAUGAAGGAACUAAGUAGUGUUUCAGAUCUGGAUCGUUGCCAUUUGUACCUGAUGGUAUUAACUGAACUUAUAAAUCUCCACUUGAAGGUUGGAUGGAAAAGAGGCAACCCUAUUUGGAGAGUUAUUUCUCCUUUGAAAAACGCAUCCAUUCGGCAUCUUCAAGAGAUGGACCAUGGACAGGAACCGACACUGGGUAGACAGAUUCAGAGAGUUGUUAGUAUGGCUGCCUUGGCCAUGGUGUGUGAGGCCAUUGACCAGAAGCCAGAGCUGCAGCUGGACUCUCGGGAUGCGGGAGCCACGGAAAGGUUCCUCUCCUGUCUCCAGCUCAAUCAGACGCUGCAGAAGCCCCACACAGAGGAGGACAGCAGUUUUUCUGAAGAGUCAUCAUCUUCCCGAGGAUGGGGGAGAAUAGUUGCCCAGUAUAUUCAUGACCAGUGGGUCUGCCUCUCUUUCUUGUUGAAAAAGUAUCACACCCUUAUACCAGCCUCAGAGGAUGAAAUUCUGGAGCCUAUUCUACCUGCUGUUCAAAUGCCAAUAAGGACUUUGCAGUCCGCACUAGAAGCCCUCACAAUUCUUCCUUCUGAUCAAGUUUUACCUGUGUUCCAUUGCAUGAAAAUUUUGGUUCCCAAGCUUCUGACCUCCUCUGAACCUCUCUGCAUAGUGUCUUUUGACAUGGCUUGGAAAAUCAUAGCUUCUUUAAGCAACACUCAGCUGAUAUUCUGGUCUAAUUUAAAAGCUUUUGUUCAGUUUGUUUUUGAUCCCAAAGUUCUUACCAUUGCUGCAAAAAUCAAGGGCCAGGCAUAUUUCAAAAUCAAAGAGAUUAUGUACAGGAUAAUUGAAAUGUCUACUAUAAAAACUGGAGUCUUCAAUAUAUUGAUAAGUUAUUGCUGCAAAUCUUGGAUAGUUUCUGCUUCAAAUGUGUCUUUAUCUACUGCUAAAAAUUACAGCGAACUUGUCCUUGAGGCGUGUAUAUUUGGAACAGUGUUUCGGCGUGAUCAAAGACUUAUUCAGGAUGUACAGACCUUCAUAGAAAAUCUUGGGCAUGAGUGUGCAGCGAACAUGGUUAUUGAAAAUACUAAAAGAGAGGACCAUUAUGUGAGAAUUUGUGCUGUCAAAUUCCUGUGUUUAUUAGAUGGCUCAAAUAUGUCUCAUAAGUUGUUUAUGGAAGAUCUUGCAAUCAAGCUAUUAGAAAAAGAUGAAUUGGUGUCCAAGUCAAGAACUCGAUACUAUGUGAAUUCUCAACAACAUAGAGUGAAAAACCGAAUAUGGCAGACUCUGCUUGUACUUUUCCCCAGAUUCGAUCAGAAUUUCUUGAAUAGAAUUAUUGACAAGAUUUUCCAGGCUGGUUUCAUCAAUAAUCAAGCAUCCAUAAAAUAUUUUAUAGAAUGGAUUAUUAUAUUGAUUCUUCAUAAAUUCCCUCAAUUUCUUCCGAAGUUCUGGGACUGUUUUUCUUACACAUCUUCCCCUAAGUGCUCCUUCAGGCUGACUGCAGCCACGCCCGGCCUGGCCACGUUUGAUGGAGCACAGCCAUGCCCGUUCAUAUAUCGGUACAUAUCGUUCAUGGCUGUGUUUGAGCUAAAAGGACAGAGUCGAGUGUGUGCAACAGACUGUAUGGACCUCACAGCUGUAUUUUUAUUCACUGGUCCUUAACAGAAAGCUUUGCUGACCCCCGCUACGGACAUUCUUCUUGAAUCUUUAUAAAUCAUCUAAAACUUGGAUGUCUGACACCAGGUGCCUUAUAUUUGCCCCAAACUUGAUCUUUUUCUACUAUCGUAAACAGCACCACCGUCUAUACAGCUGCACAAAGCAGGGAACUCAGCGCUUUUCCUGACUCUGGACCAGAUCCUGUCGCUCUUGCCUCCCGAGUGUUUCUCAGUCACCAUCUCCCGUCUCUGCGCUUGGCCUUGGUCCAGGCUGCAUCGUCCACUGCACUGCUCCCCUCGGUGGACCACCUGCGUCCCCUCUUCCUCCCUUUCAAUCUACUCUCCACACCGAGGCCAGAGCAGGUUCUUCAAAAUGAAAAUGUGAUCAGGUCAUCCACUUUCUUAAAACACUGCUCUCAGAACAAAGACCGAAGCCUUGAGUGGCCUGCAGGGCUCAGGUGGCCUGUGCCCUCCUCCCCGUCCAGUCCAUGUGCCCCAUGUUCCCACCUCUGCACUUGAGUCAUUGAUGCAUGGAUGGGCUCAGUUUCCUGUUGCUGGAACAUUCCAAAGGCCAGGGGAGUGAACAACAACACUCUGCUAUUUUUCCUGUUUCUGGAUUGACUGGACCAGGCUGGGCUGUUGUGCAUGUGGUAUCCACUGGGCUGGGACCUGCAGACGACUUCUUCAGCCACGUGCUUGUCACCUUGGCUGCAGUAGUGGGGACAGCCGCAGUGCCGGGCACCACUGGUUCUGCAGCUCUCCCUGUGGUCGCUCAGGGUGCCAAGGACGAGCAUUCCAGGAGGGUGCAUCUUGGUAUACCCGCGCGCGUUCCCAGCCUCUGAUCGCGUCCAGAGCAGAUGGCGUGGCCACGCCCCCCGGCUGGGAGGGGCCUGCAUUAGGGCCUGAUUACCGGGCCGCUUGCUUCAUCGCGGACCCCCCACGUGGCCGAGUACCCCUCUGACCUUUUCUGUUCUUUCUCCUCUUUGCCUGCAUAACUGCUUCUCUUUCUUCAGAUCGCAGUUCAUGUGUCGUUUGUGUCAUUUCUUAAAGGAAGCUGCCUCCCUGAGUAGUUUAGAUCCCCUUAGUGUGGGUGUUUGUAGCACAUAAAUAGUUCUUUUUGUAAUGGGAAUUUUAAUUUAUUGUCUGGUUUGAUUUUGUCUUUCCUCUCCAUUAGACCCUAAGCUCCAGGAAGGCAGGAAUCUUACUUAUUUGUGUUUUCCUCUGUUUCCACCACAGUAACUGGUCCAUGGAAGACAGUCAAUAACUAACUACUAGUUACAUAAAGGAAUUAAUCAUCUGAUUCGCCUUUUGGAACAGUUUCUGAACUGUGGUGUCUGUAGUCUCUUUCCAGUCUACCCGGCGUCCAUCAGUUUUUUAUCAUUAAAAUAAUGUGUAAUUCCAAGUCACUAUCAUAGGGAAGGUUUCCGAAUUCCAGUUGAACACUCUUAUAAGUAGCGUUUCAUUGAGGCUCUUUUUUGUUUGUUGUUUUUUGCGGUACGCGGGCCUCUCACUGUUGUGGCCUCUCCCGUUGCAGAGCACAGGCUCCGGAUGCACAGGCUCAGCGGCCAUGGCUCACGGGCCCAACCGCUCCACGGCAUGUGGGAUCUUCCCGGACCGGGGCACGAACCCGUGUCCCCUGCAUUGGCAGGCGGACUCUCAACCACUGUGCCACCAGGGAAGCCCUCUUGAGGCUUUUUGUAGGCAGCUGCAGGGCCCCAUUUAACCUCUGCUGCUCCCCUCCGCACGGGGGCCUUUGCCUCCCGCUUGCCUGUCUUAGUUCGUCUUGCUCAUAUUCACCUGUUCACCCCCCUCCCUGUUCCCCUGCCCACCUCCGCUUUCUCCAGCCAGCCCUUGUCUCCCUGCAGUGCGCUCACCCUGGUCUCCCCCAGUUACUCCUCGCCUGAGUGGUUAGCGGGCGUGUGUCUGAUGAGUGUUGUGCGUGCGGGCGUUUGGCUCUGGGACGUUCCUGUGCUUUCUCGCUUUUCCUCCUCUCCUCCCACCCAGGCCGUGGCUCCGUCGGGGAGGAUCCGGCCCCAAGUGUCCAGCCCGGUGCUUU